GGCGGCUGACGGUGAGUCCAACUGUCUCUGUCUGACUAGUAUUUAUUAGUUUAGGUUAGUUUCAGCAUUGAUGUUUUAUGUUUAUUAAAUUCUGUGAUCAUUUAAAUUAUAAAGUUAUUGUCUGUGAGUUUCACUUAUACGUGUGUGUGACUUAUAAAGUGACGUAACAGUCCUUUAUCACAGCAGUAACAUUAUUACUAACUAUUACCAAAUAAACUAACUAUAAACUAACAGUCCUUUAUCACAGCAGUAACAUUAUACCAAGUACAACUUACAAUUAACUAACUCUAACGAUAAACUAACUAGCAGUCACAGCAGUUACAUUAUUACUAACUAAAACUUACUAUAAACUAACUUUAACAAUAAACUAUCUAACAGUCCUUUAUCCCAGCAGUUACAUUCUUACUAACUAUUAACUAACUAAACUAACUAUAAACUAACAGUCUUUUAUCACAGCAGUAACAUUAUUAUUAACUAUUAACUAACUAGACUAACUAUUGGCUAACAGUCGUUUAUCACAGCAGUUACAUUAUUACCAACUAAAACGUACUAUUAACUAACUAAACUAACUAGCAGUCCUUUAUCACAGCAGUUACAUUAUUACUAACUUAAACUUACCAUAAACGAACUUUAACGAUAAACUAACUAGCAGUCCUUUAUCACAGCAGUUACAUUCUUACUAUUAACCAACUAAACUAACUAUAAACUAACAGUCCUUUAUCACAGCAGUAUUAUUACUAACUAUUAACUAACUAAACUAACUAUAAACUAACAGUCCUUUAUCACAGCAGUACCUAUAUCACUAACUAUUAACCAACUAAACUAGCAGUCCUUUAUCACAGAUCACCUAAAUAAAGUAACUGCAACCUAACUAAAGUAACUAAACUAACUGUAACCUAACUAAAGUAACUUAAGUAACUAAACUAACUGCAACCUAACUAAAGUAACUAAACUAACUGUAACCUAACUUAAGUAAACAAACUAACUGCAACCUAACUAAAGUAACUAAACUAACUGUAACCUUACAUAAGUAACUAAACUAACUGCAACCUUACUAAACUGUAACCUAAAUAAAGUAACUAAACUAACUGCAACCUAACUAAAGUAACUAAACUAACUGUAACCUAACUUAGGUAACUAAACUAAUUGUAACCUAACCAAAGUAACUAAGCUAACUGCAACCUUACUAAAGUAACUUAACUGAUACCUAAAUAAAGUAACUAAAAUAACUGUAACCUAACUAAAGUAACUAACUGUGACCUUACUAAAAUAACUUAAGUAACUAAACUAAACUGUAACCUAAAUAAAGUAACUAAACUAAUUGCAACCUAACUAAACUAGCUGUAACCUAACUUAAGUAACUAAACUAAUUGUAACCUAACCAAAGUAACUAAGCUAACUGCAACCUUACUAAAGUAACUAAACUGAUACCUAAAUAAACUAAAAUAACUGUAACCUAACUAAAGUAACUAACUGUGAUCUUACUAAAAUAACUUAAGUAAUUAAACUAAACUGUAACCUAACUAAAGUAACUAAACUAACUGUGACCUUACUAAAGUAAUUUAAGUAACUAAACUAAACUGUAGCCUAACUAAAGUAACUAAAUUAACUGUAACCUAACCAAAGUAACUUAAGUAACUAAACUAACUGUGACCUUACUAAAGAAACUUAAGUAACUAAACUAACUGUGACCUAACUAAAUUAAUUGAUUGACAGUGAAAGUCAGUGAAUCAUCGACAUCAACAAGAAUCUAUGGAUGACAUCAUGAACAUCACAACAUUCACCACUGAGGAUCCGUUCUAUGCGAGCAUGUCACCGACGACAGAUGACGAUGACUACGACUACCAGGACCUGAUGUGUGACCGUGAGUCUGUGCGGGCCUUUAGGGGUUGGUUCGAACCACCACUCUUCUGGAUCAUCACGUUGGUGGGCGGAGCUGGAAACAUGGCAGUGGUCUGGAUCUACCUGAACUUCCGAGGGCGACUGAAGACCAUGUCAGACGUGUUCCUGCUAAACCUGGCAGUCGCUGACCUGCUCUUCCUGGUCAGUCUGCCGAUGUGGGCGGAGGAGGCGCUGCAUGGCUGGAACUUUGGCGUCAUCCUCUGCAAGUUAAACUUUGCCUUCUACAAAGUGAACCUGUUCAGCAGCAUGAUGCUGCUCACCUGCAUCAGCAUCGACCGCUAUGUCGUCAUCGUACAGACCACCAAGGCACAAAACUCACAGCUGGAGCGCCGCCGCUGCAGCCGUGUGGUGUGUGCGGGGGUGUGGCUGCUGGCCCUGGCGCUCGCCAUACCUGAGCUGGUGUUUGCCACCACCAAAGAUGUGGACUCACAGCAGUACUGCACGCUGGUGUUCCCCCAUCAUGAGGGCAACCUCACCAAGAUCCUGGUGCUGUCUCUGCAGGUGAGCAUGGGCUUCUGCAUCCCCUUCAUCAUCAUGGUCUUCUGCUACAGCGUCAUCGUAACAAAGCUGCUCAGAACCCGAAACUUCCAGAAGCACAAGGCCAUGCGCGUCAUCCUGGUGGUGGUGAUGGUGUUCAUCGUGUCACAGCUGCCCUACAAUGUCGUGCUGGUGAUGAAGGCGACACAGGCCUCCAACAUGACAAUGACAGACUGCAAAGAAAUGAAGCGCUUCGACGUGGUGGGACAGGUGUUGAAGAGCGUGGCGUACACGCACGCCUGCCUCAACCCCUUCCUCUACGCUUUUGUUGGCGUGCGUUUCCGCCGCGAUGUUCUGCAGCUGCUACGCUGCUGCUGCCGGCCACCGCUGGUCAGCAAGAGUCCACUGAGUAAGACCAGCAGGAGUCCACUGAACUCCACCCGCGCCUCGGUGAUGUCAGACAGUGACACUUCCCAGGCCAUGUCCCUGUGAGGACACACUGCGAGGACAUCUCAUCAUUGUCUCUCUUCACUUUAGAUUCAAGCUGCUUCAAACUCCUUGAAUGUUCACUCUAGAAUGUCAAAUAUUCCCUUUGCUUUAUCAGGACUUUGUCAGGACUUGUCAGGACUUUGUAUUUUCAUUUAGCUAAACUAACACAUGUAACCGAACAUCAUCACCAUGGAGCUGCACAAAGGUGUUCACCCACAUGGUCAGAAACCUCCUGAACGAGGCUUUGAAGCACGUUGCAGUGAUGAUGUGAUCCUGAAGAUGAAGGAACAGUUGAGAUGUUUACGACAUUCAUGGCAGACGUCUCGACGUUCUCAGACUUUUCCCAAACGUUCACGUGGUAGAUGUGAAGUUCUUCAUAUGUAGCUGCUAAAAUUGGAUGGUGUUGGUCAUGUGACUGGUUUUUGUGUCACAUGUUGAACUUGAACUGCCACGUUAAUCAUCUUGACUGUGAAAGAACAACAGCUGCUAAUAAAUGCUAAUGCUUACGGCUGUUAAUAGAUGCUAACAUGAAAACAUGUAAAUAGUUUUGUGGUUGUUAGUGUAACAGUGUGUAACAGUGUGAGCGUGACAAACAAGAGGAAGUGGAUCAAACACAGUCACACUUGUUUUUUCUCACUUCCUGUUGUUUUCACUCCGUCAAACUUUUUCACCUUCAUUUGAAAUUUAUAAACAAAUAAAGAUUCUGAUGAAA